ACCACAUAUUCGUUUUUACUAAAAAAGCACCGCAACCGCACCCCUAGUAUUCAUCCGACGCCUGCAAUCUAAUCCUCCCUCAUCACACUCCCCCUUUUUCAAUUUUUCAACUCUCUCUACUCUCCCUAGAAAUCUCGAUCCGUUAUCUCUCUCUCAUGGCAGAGAGACUAGAGCUAGCCAAGCUCUGCAGCUCUCGUGAUUGGUCCAAAGCCAUUCGCGUCCUCGAUUCACUUCUCUCUAAAUCUUGCCUUAUUCAGGACAUCUGUAAUCGAGCUUUCUGCUAUAGUCAAUUGGAGCUACAUAAGCAUGUAAUUAAGGACUGCGAUAAGGCUCUCAAGCUUGAUCCUGCACUGCUUCAAGCCUACAUUCUCAAAGGUCAUGCAUUUUCUGCUUUGGGAAGGAAUGAGGAGGCACUUUUGGUUUGGGAGGAAGGUCAUAAAUAUGCUGUUCACAAUUGUACAGAUUUAAAGCAACUUUUAGAACUGGAGCAGCUUUUGACAGUUUCAAAACAAAAUAAUACUCUUUCUUCUCAGAACCAUGCUGCAGAAUCUGAUAUUUCUGCAAAUGAAUCAGUUAUUACAAGCAAAUCGAAUGAAAAUCAUGAUACUAAUGAUAAGUUGAAUGGUAAGCUUGAACCACACAGUGAAACUAGCAUGACACUGGAAGUUGGCAAUAACUCAGUUGAUAGAUCAUACAAGCAAAAUGUUCCAAAUGGUAAAGUUACAGGGCGUAGACGGACUAAUGGCCAAUCAAAUGAAAGUUUUGAGGGUCCAAAAUUAAGUGAUGGGUCAGAAGUCUGUGGCGGUUCUAAUGAUUUAUCCAAGCCAGUUAGUCCACCUUUUCCAGUUAGCAGUGAUGGGACAGGGAGUGGCAUUAAGCCAAGCAGUAAUUUUAAUAUCACAUCCAAGGGUGAUGUCUCUGAAGCAUCUACUGGUUCAAGUGAUACUUCUGAAUUGUCCUAUCAAACUUCUGCAGCCACUGAAAAAUCAAUGAAUAAAACCGAUGCUCGCAAUAAACCAAGUGAUAAAAUUGACAUGCAUCUUGACUUGAGGGACCAGAAUAAGAGGAAUAAAAAGUUCUCUGUCACUAGGAUUUCAAAGACCAAAUCAAUAAAUGUGGAUUUUCGAUUAUCAAGAGGGAUUGCUCAGGUCAAUGAAGGAAAAUACAAUCAUGCUAUAUCCAUAUUUGACCAGAUCCUCCGAGAAGACCCUACUUAUCCCGAGGCUCUUAUUGGAAGAGGGACUGCUUAUGCAUUUCAACGAGAGCUUGAAGCUGCUAUAGUUGAUUUUACAAAGGCUAUACAAUCAAACCCUUCUGCUUGUGAAGCCUGGAAGCGAAGAGGCCAGGCCCGAGCUGCAUUAGGCGAAUCUGUUGAGGCAAUUGCAGACUUGACGAAAGCAUUGGAAUUUGAGCCAAACUCGCCAGAUGUAUUACAUGAAAGGGGAAUUGUGAAUUUCAAGUUCAAAGAUUUUAAGGCUGCUGUGGAAGACCUCACUACUUGUGUAAAGAUCGACAGAGAUAACAAAUCUGCAUACACAUACUUGGGCUCAGCGUUGUCUUCAAUUGGUGAACACAAAAGGGCCGAAGAUGCACAUAAAAAGUCCAUUGAACUAGACAAAAAUUUUCUAGAGGCUUGGGUUCACCUAACACAGCUGUAUCAAGAAUUGGCAAAUCCAGACAAGGCCUUGGAAUGUCUUCACCAAAUUUUGCAAAUUGAUGGGAGGUUUGCCAAAGCAUAUCAUUUGAGGGGGCUACUACUUCAUGGCAUGGGACAACACAGGAAUGCAAUAAAGGAUUUAUCUGCUGGACUGAGCCUUGACAGUACAAAUAUUGAGUGCUUAUAUUUACGUGCUUCUUGCUACCAUGCUGUGGGACAAUAUAGAGAAGCAGUGAAGGAUUAUGAUGCUGCUUUGGACAUGGAACUUGAGUCGAUGGAUAAAUUUGUUCUUCAGUGUUUGGCAUUCUAUCAGAAAGAAAUUGCUUUAUAUACGGCUUCGAAGCUCAGCAGUGAGUUCUGUUGGUUUGACAUUGAUGGAGAUAUUAAUCCUCUUUUUAAGGAGUUCUGGUGCAAAAGGAUGCACCCCAAAGAUGUAUGUGAAAAAGUAUACAGGCAACCCCCGCUUCGUGAUUCAUUGAGAAAAAGCAAGCUGAAAAAACAAGAAUUUACUUUUACAAAGGCAAGGACAACUCUCAUCGAUGCUGCAGAUUGCAUAGGAAAGAAGAUCCAAUACAACUGCCCUGGGUUUUUGCCUAAUAGACGUCAGCAUCGUAUGGCCGGGUUGGCUGCUAUAGAGAUAGCACAGAAGGUGUCAAAGGCUUGGCGUGUAGAAUGGAAAAGCUCUAAUAAAAGUUCUUCUAAAAACAGCAAGCGAGCCCGAAGAAAGGAAAGACUUAGUCCUCCGAGUCAAAAUAGAGGUGGCGCUGGUUGCAGUACUAGCAGUUUAGCAGAUAUAUUGACUUCCUCUGCUUCUUUGGAAGAUAGGUCAUCAAGCCGUUCGAUAAUGUCAUGGCAUGAGCUUUACUCCCUGGCUGUCAAAUGGAGACAGAUAUCUGAGCCUUGUGACCCUGUCGUAUGGGUUAACAAGUUGAGUGAGGAGUUCAAUUCUGGUUUUGGAUCGCACACUCCUCUCACACUGGGACAAUAUAAAGUUGUGCGCUACUAUCCAAACUGUCAAAGGGCAAUUAAUUUGGCAAAGGCAGUAAUAAUGGAGAAGAAGUUUGUCUAUAGCAAGGAAGAUAACAUCAUUGAUUUAUCUAGAGAAGGGAGACUGGAAAACGUUAAGAAUGCACGCUCCUGUUCUGAUCUUCAUUCAGCUGUCGGCCAGGAUUUCUGGUUGGCUACUUGGUGCAAUAGUACCGCAUCUGAGGGUAUGCGUCUUGAAGGAACGAGGAUCACACUGCUCAAAAUGGGAGAAUCUGGAUAUGAUUUUGCAAUCAGGACUCCCUGUACACCUAGUAGAUGGAAUGACUUUGAUACCGAAAUGGCAUUGGCGUGGGAAGCCGUAUGUAAUGCAUGUUGUGGUGAAACCUAUGGGGCAACUGAUUUUGAUGUUCUUGGAAAUGUGAGGGAUGCGAUAUUGAGGAUGACAUAUUACUGGUACAAUUUCAUGCCCCUUUCCAGAGGAACUGCAGCGGUUGGAUUCAUAGUGUUGCUUGGAGUAUUUCUUGCUGCUAAUAUGGAAUUCACUGGAACCAUUCCUGUAGGAGUACAGGUGGAUUGGGAAGCCAUUUUGAACUUUGAUCCAAGCUCCUUCAUGGAUUUCGUAAAAACUUGGUUGUAUGAGUCCCUUAAUAUCAGCACAAGCUGGAAAGAUUAUCCAGAUGUUGCUUCAAACUUUGAGACUACAGCAUCCGUUGUUGCUGCCCUGAGCUCUUAUUCUGAGGCAUCUGCCAAUAAACUACAUGUAGAAGGUAAAUAAGCUGAUCUUUCGAUCUGCUUGCUUGUUGCAACUUGGAAAGUCAUCCUGUAAUUGUAAAUGUGGAAAAUGUGAAGGCGGAAUUUAAACUUAGGCUGCAUAGGGUAAAAAGACCAAAAGACAGAGAGAAAGAAAAGGUGAAAUCGGCAUACAAGUUCAAAUAAUAGAGAAGAUUAUAAGGUUUAUUUAAGAUUUAGGCUCAGGAUUAGAAAGUUGUCAUAGCAAUUACUUAGGAGCUUUACAAUUGCUAAAUAUUUAAUAAGGGAAACUUUGUUUUUUUAGAUUUCAUGUGGGCACUGUAUAUUGUAUGAUAGCUUAUAAAGACAGACUGACUGAGAAGACGGUCCAAUGAUGUAGACAUACACAGGAUCUGUCUUAAGGGGGUGAAUAAAUUCCUUCUGACAUCCCUUCGUAUAAUCAUAUGUGACAAGUGUUCUUUUC